GACAGACCGAUGUGGAGGGAAGAGACAGACAGACCGACAGAUGUGGAGGGAAGAGACAGACAGACAGACCGAUGUGGAGGGAAGAGACAGACAGACAGACCGAUGUGGAGGGAAGAGACAGACAGACAGACCGAUGUGGAGGAAGAGACAGACAGACCGAUGUGGAGGGAAGAGACAGACAGACAGUCCGAUGUGGAGGGAAGAGACAGACAGACAGACCGAUGUGGAGGGAAGAGACAGACAGACAGACCGAUGUGGAGGGAAGAGACAGACAGACAGUCCGAUGUGGAGGGAAGAGACAGACAGACAGACCGAUGUGGAGGGAAGAGACAGACAGACAGACCGAUGUGGAGGGAAGAGACAGACAGACAGACCGAUGUGGAGGGAAGAGACAGACAGACAGACCGAUGUGGAGGGAAGAGACAGACAGACAGACCGAUGUGGAGGGAAGAGACAGACAGACAGUCCGAUGUGGAGGGAAGAGACAGACAGACAGUCCGAUGUGGAGGGAAGAGACAGACAGACAGACCGAUGUGGAGGGAAGAGACAGACAGACAGACCGAUGUGGAGGGAAGAGACAGACAGUCCGAUGUGGAGGGAAGAGACAGACAGACAGACCGAUGUGGAGGAAGAGACAGACAGACAGACAGUCCGAUGUGGAGGGAAGAGACAGACAGACAGUCCGAUGUGGAGGGAAGAGACAGACAGACCGAUGUGGAGGGAAGAGACAGACAGACAGACCGAUGUGGAGGGAAGAGACAGACAGUCCGAUGUGGAGGGAAGAGACAGACAGACAGACCGAUGUGGAGGGAAGAGACAGACAGACAGUCCGAUGUGGAGGGAAGAGACAGACAGACAGUCCGAUGUGGAGGGAAGAGACAGACAGACAGUCCGAUGUGGAGGGAAGAGACAGACAGACAGACCGAUGUGGAGGGAAGAGACAGACAGACAGACCGAUGUGGAGGGAAGAGACAGACAGACAGACCGAUGUGGAGGGAAGAGACAGACAGACAGACCGAUGUGGAGGGAAGAGACAGACAGACAGACAGAUGUGGAUGGAAAGAGAGACAGACAGACAGAUGUGGAUGGAAAGAGAGACAGACAGACAGAUGUGGAUGGAAAGAGAGACAGACAGACAGAUGUGGAUGGAAAGAGAGACAGACAGACAGAUGUGGAUGGAAAGAGACAGACAGAUGUGGAUGGAAAGAGAGACAGGCAUUGUCAGACAGAUGUCGACGGAGAAUGUGUGCAGGUUACUUUUAACGGGGAGGAGGAAAGACAAAACAGAGAACCGUAGAAUCAGGAGUUGAUUAUCUCUCUCUCUUGUAACUGUCUUUGUAUAGUUGGCGUUGCGAUCAUGGCUUCUCUUGGGAGGGUUUAUCGUUUCUCAUAUGAACAUUUUUCUUGUUUUAUAUUUUUCUCCUCCUGUGACAGUUUGUCAGUUAUGCGUCUGUCUCACUAUGCACUCUUAACGGCUAUGUAACUACCUGCUUGACUGCAGCGAGCACAAUAGUAGUGAUCAACCGGAUUGAUUGAUUGAUUGAUUGAUUGACACCAAUGGAAAUAAACAGAUUCUGGUUAGAGGGGGAAGCACAUCAAUAAACCCACUACUUCCAUAAA